AGUUAACAAUAGAAAAUAAAAUUGAAAGUCUAUAUAAAAUUAUAAUUGACAUUAUUUUUAUUCAUAUCGAACGAUAUAUUUCUGCUAGAGCUUGCAGCUUUCAAAAUGGAUAAUGAAGAUCAUCAAGAAGAGAAAAUUCCACAUAAAGAUUAUAGUACUACAGUUGUAAAGGAAAUUAAAUGUUCUUGCCAAUGGACUAUUUAUAAUUUUAGCUUCUUUGUUCAAGGUGAUAAUUCAAAUUCUAUUUAUGCACCUGAUAUUGAGUCACCAGUAUUCAAAUGUGGCUGUAAUAAUGAGCUAGUAUGGGACAUAAAUAUUGUCAACUUAAGAGAUCUGGAAGAGGAAUAUUUGAAAAUAUAUAUCUACGUUGAUGAUGUUGAGUGGCACGAUUACUUGAGUAUAGAUGCUAAAGUUUCCAUUCUUGAUGAUAAAGGCAAAGAAGCACAUACGAUAAAAUUUAAAUUAGGCAUUCUUUCUACAGAAAGUGUAGAUUUAGUCAGAAAAGAUUAUUUAAUGGAUAAGAAUAAUAAGAUUUUAACUGAUGAUAAACUUAUAAUUGUUUGUGAGAUUAAUGCCUUUGCCGAAGUAUAUGCAUUUUCUUGGAAUACAGAAGAUAAUGACAAUGUUAAUGAAGACAAAAUAUGUGAAGUAGAUGUUUUUAGAUCUAGACUGAAAGUCUCUCAUGAUCUUCAAGCUCUUUUGCAAAAUAACUUACAUGAUACCAUUGUUGUUGUAAAAAAGAAACAGUUUUAUGUACAUAAGUGCAUAUUAGCUGCAAGAAGCCGGGUUUUCUCAGCUAUGUUUGAGCAACAAAUGUUAGAGCAAGCCAAUAACACGGUGAUAAUUGAAGAUAUGAGCAGUAACGUUUUUGAAGACAUUCUGGAAUUUAUUUAUUUUGGUACUCUAAAAAAUAUUACUGAUAUUAGUAACAAAGCAUUAUUAGAAAUUCUUAUAGCUGCUGAUAAAUAUGAGCUUUAUGGACUGAAAGAAAUUUGUGAAGUUAUCUUUUCGUCAAAAUUGCUUGUUUCUAAUGCUGUUGAAAUGCUGAACUUAGCUGAUUUCUACCAUGCUAGCAAUCUUAAAAAAUAUAUCAUCCAGUUUAUCAUUGCCCAUAAUCAAGAUUUCAUUAGUAACAAAGAAUUUGAUUUGCUCUUAAAUACCCAUUCACAUUUGAUACCGCUGUUUCUUCAAGAAAAGUCUGAAGAGUCAGCAUUAGAAUUGUCAAAUGAUUUCAAUAAUGAAGAAAAUGAUGAAAAUAUUUGUAAUCAUCAUGUUCAUUUGCCAUCAACAAAUGCACUAGCAGGAGAAAAGAAAUGGAGUGUCACACAAAUAUGCAUUGAGCAAGGAAAAUCCACUUGGAAAAUACACUCCGUUAAUCUACUAUUUCACAAUAGUAAUAAUAUGAGUGACUGUAUUGUUUCAGAAAAGUUUACAAAAGACAACAUUAAUGUAAGUUGGCAGUUAUUUUUGUAUUUCAAAGGUUUGAAUAAUGAUUCAAAGGAUUACAUAUCUUUGCUUCUACAAUUUUCUAAUGAAAAUUGUUGUACACAUAAAAUUCAAGCUCAGUAUGAAUUUGCAAUUCUAAAUGCAAAAGAAGAAAUAGUGAAUAAGAUGAAAUCUAAGUUACUAACAUUUGAUGUAAAUCAUAGCAAGCUCGGAGAAACCAAAUUUGUCAAAAAGGAUUUGCUAUUCAAUAAGAAAAAAAAUUUAUUACAAGAUAAUACUCUGGUGAUAGUGUGUUUUGUCACAUUUGGUUUGAAUACUGAAAAACGUUAUGGACAAAAAAACACCUUAAAUUAUUGUGAGCAUAAAUUCUUAUUGGCGGUUUCAGAUGAUCUUGAAAAACUUUUAUUAACUAGUAAGUACAGUGAUAUUACACUUAUUGUAGGGGGGAAAAAAUUUCUUCUUCAUAGAGCAGUUUUAGCUGUAAGAAGUCCAAUGAUGUUAAAUAUGAUUAAUGAAUUAUUUGAGAAGCAAGGAACAAAAAUUGUUGAAUGGAAUGACAUAGACCAAGCUGAAUUUAGCGAGUUAUUAUUGUUUAUUUAUUCUGGAAAAUUAAACUACUUAAAACAUUUAGCUAAAGGCCUUUAUACAAAAGCAAACAGGUUUCAAUUGGAAGAUUUGAAAUGUAUUUGUGAAAUGUAUAUUUGUAAAAACUUAACAGUUGAAAAUGUAUGUGAUAAUUUUGUUUUUGCUCAUGUCAACAAUGUAAGAAAGUUGAAAUCAAGAUGUAGUCUUUAUAUAACAGAUAAUUUGAAAGCUGUAAUAGCAACUAAUGGCUAUAAGUCUUUGUCAGAAUCAAGACCAAAACUGCUCAAAGAUCUUUUAUUACAACGCCACAGUUCAUAAAAUGAAUAACUUUUUAGAUUUUAGCAUGUACUUUGAACUUUAUGUUUUUAUACUAGAUAAUUUCUUACAAAUUUGUACAUAUACACAAUUGUAACUGUUUGAUUGAUUUUAGAGACUUAUUUUUGUUUUUUGAUUAUUUUAUGAUUGAAAAUAUGCAGUGUGAAAUAUAA